CGGUGGUCUCAGUCUCCCUGCAGGGGCGUGUCUAGCAGCUCCAGGAAGGGUGGUCUUCGGUUAGGGGACACCCAUCAUCUUCAUCCCCGGCAGAAAUCUUUGUCCUCCCGGCUUCAAUCAUGUCCGCCGACUGGGCCGGCGGAGACCUGCUGCGCGUCCCUCUGGGUCUGAUCAACAGCGAGGCCAAGUACUUGACGGCCGAGACGUUCGGUUUCAAGAUCAACGCGUCGGCCGGCAGCCUGAAGAAGAAGCAGACGUGGACGCUGGAGCAGACCGGCGAGGACGGCAGCGUGGUCUUCCUGCUGUCCCACCUGGGCCGCUACCUGGCGGCGGACAAGGACGGCAAGGUGACGGCGGACGCGGAGGCGCGCUCCCCGGACUGCCGCUUCCUCGUCGCGGCGCACGAAGACGGCCGCUGGUCGCUGCAGUCGGAGCCGCACGGCCGCUACCUGGGCGGCGGCCAGGACCGCAUCACCUGCUUCGCGCAGGCGUCCUCGGCGGCGGAGAGGUGGGGCGUCCACCUGGCCGUGCACCCGCAGGUCAACCUCUACAGCGUGGCGCGAAAACGCUUCGUGCGGCUCGGCGCCGCGCGCGGGGAGGUGUCCGCGGACCGGGACGCGCCCUGGGGGGUGGACUCGCUCGUCACCUUGGUCUACCGCGACCAGCGCUACCACCUGGAGACCUCGGACAACCGCUUCCUGCGCGGCGACGGCGGCCUGGCCGCGGCCACCGGGGGGGACACCGGCUUCGUGCUGGAGUUCCGCUCCGGCAAGGUGGCCUUCCGAGACUGCGGCGGCCACUAUCUGGCGCCGGUGGGGCCGACGGGCACCGUCAAGGCCGGGAAGGUGACCCGGGCGGGGAAGGAUGAAUUGUUCGGCCUGGAGAGGAGCCGUGCGCAGGUUGUCCUCACCGCGGCCAACGACAGGAACGUGUCCACCAGGCAAGGCAUGGACCUGUCAGCCAAUCAGGACGAGGAGGGGGACCAGGAAGUCUUCCAACUGGAGAUAAGCCCCGAAGACAGGAAGUGCGCCUUCAGGACCGCCGCCGGCAAAUACUGGACCCUGACACCCAGCGGUGGACUGCAGUGCACCGCCUCCACUAAGUCCGCCAACUCUUACUUUGACCUGCAGUGGCGUGACGGUCGCGUUUGUGUGCGCGCGGCUAACGGGAAGUACGUGACAGCCAAGAGGAACGGACAGCUCGCUGCAACUGUCGACAACCAAGGUGAGGCGGAGCACUUCCUGAUGAAGCUGAUCAACCGUCCAAUCAUCGUCCUCCGCGGUGAGCACGGCUUCAUCGGCGCCCGUAAGGCCGGCGUCGUGGCCACGCUGGAUUCCAACCGGGCGUCCUACGACGUUUUCCAGCUGGAGUUCAUCAACGGAGCGUAUGCCAUCAAAGAUUGGCAGGGGAAGUACUGGCGUGUCGGCGAUGACUCGGCGGUGUCGUGCGGCGAGGGCUCUCCCACACACUUUCUCUUUGAGUUCUGCGACCUCAACAAGAUGGCGGUGCGUGUGUCGGGGGGGAAGUAUCUAAAAGGAGACCACGCCGGGGGGCUCAAGGCUAUCGCCGACUCCCUGGACAGCGCCACCCUCUGGGAAUACUGAGGAAGCACAGCCGAGCGUGUGUAUUGUCUACCUGGUGUGUGACUCAUCUCAUUCUGGUCCUUUGCCUUCAUCUAUCAUCACUCUGCUUUUUACUUGCCUGCCACAAAACACUAAAAGCUCCAAACUCUAAUUUGUUUCAAUUAAAAACAGACAUUUUUUUACUCCAAAAUAGCCCUGAUGGUUCUUUAGAUAAAAGUGUUGAGUAGAUGGCGGAUGUACAUUAAAGUAAACCAGGGGUGUCCAAAGUGCGGCCCGCAGCUAAUCGUUUACCGGCCCAACACACAUUCUUCAAAAAAUUGCAAAAUUGAUAGUAUUGCAAAAAUUUAAUAAAAAAAAACAUUUAAAAAAAAAGUGGAAUGAGGUGAAAUCUAAUGAAAAAAAGUGGCAAUGUUGACACAAACAAAAAAAAAUCUAUGUUAUAAUGAAUUAUUACUUAAAAAUGAUCACUUUAAAAUGUUUUCUGUGGAAAAAAAAUUGCAUAUGUUGUGUGGUUGCCAUAUAAAAACAUCAAAGUUUUGACAAAAGAGCAUAAAACUAACAAAAUAAUAGUUCAAACUUAAAAUCGACAGAUAUAUCGGAAGUUGAUCCUGAAAUUUAAGUGUUAAAAGUUUUUUAAAAAUAAAUAAAAAUGUAUCACUUUAUGAGUGGGGAACCUUUCGGAUCUGAAAUAUAUUUAGUAGGAUUUUAUUUAACUUUUCACUGUCAUUACUGUGGUGGAUGGCCCGAAGCUUAACCUUCGUCUUGUGUUAGGGUCGGCACCGACCCGUUUUAGUUUUUAAAUGCAUAAAAACACCACAUACAUUUAUUUUUUUCCAUCAAAGCUUUUUGACUUUGUCAGGAACCUCUUUGUCAACAAAAUAAAACAUUUUAAUUUUUUUCACUAAAUUAUAAAAUGCUCUGGUAGAAAUUAUGCCCUUGGUGUUGUUAGGGUCGGUUUCGACCCAGUUAUAAAAAUAAGAUGAUAAAGCAAUGAUAAGAGCCAAAACUGAACACACUGACAGCCAGCUCCUCGCCCAAUCAUGUGAGCUUUAGUGGAUUCUCAUUUUACCUUGUUAUCCUGUACAAAAACAAACAAAAGACGGACACUAAAAGUGUCACUUUUUGCCACUCUGAUUUUGUUUUUUAUUAGUUUUGGAACUAGUAAUUUAUUUCUCUUGGUUUCAUUUGCUUGAUUGGUUGUUUUUUUGUUUGAUGUUGGAUUUCUGUUGCUGAAAAAAAAAACUUUUUAGCCUUUUUCUUGAAGUAAAUAUAUAUGGGUCGAAAUUGACCCGUAACACCAUAGAUGUUACUAUAGUUAAAAUUCUUAAAAUGAAAAAAUAAAUAAAACACAUUUAUUUAAGAGAUGUGUUCUAAUACCCCUUAGUAAUAGUUAGGUAACACAACAACCUUUUUUUUUAUGUAUAUGAUUCUUUUGAGGUCCGUUUUACCAUUUUUAAAAAUUGAAAUCGAGGGGUAUACUGACAAAAAAAGGCCCAAUGGCCCAAACCAAAAAUAUUAAAACCAAUAUUUUCAAGGAUAAGGAAGCCUAACGAGGUAACCAAGAGAUGAGAAACAAAUUGGAUGAUAGAUAAUUGUUUUUAGUGUAUUUUACAGCUGAUUUAAGACAUGGGUCAAAACCGACCCGUUAACAUAAGAGAUGGUAACAGAAAGCUAACACAAGAGGAAGGUUAAACAGCAAACAAAGUGGUUUUAGUACAAAAAUUGUAUUUACCCAUAAUCAAAAGUACAGAAUUGGAUUGAAUUGCCCAUGCAGACAGACAACGUCCUUCCGGAGAGACGUGGAUGAUCGAAAUCAUGCGAAUCAUAACAUAAUAUUGGUCUACUGGCCUUUUAUAUGUUUCCCUCAUGUGUCAAGGUCCCGUUGUUUUGCAACUGCUUGCUCUGAAACAUCCUUGAAUCCCUUAGUCAUAAUAUACAAUCAAAACAUUUUGUAGAAUGGUUAGCCCGACCACAAGUUCAACUUUCACCUACGUAUGCUCUUCCAAGGAUUCAGUGGCUUUUAGAUAGACUUUCUUUUUGGACUAAAACAGACACAAAAUAUGGUAUAAAGGUCAGAAAUUCCACUACAUUACUCAAAACUAUUAAAUAAUUAAAAUCAAUGGUGUCCUGCAUUAUUGAUCUUGAAAGGCUUUAAUUGCUACAUAAAGGAACUCUCCUGAAGGAAUCAAUAAAGUACUAUCCAUCUAUCUAAAUACUGCAUAUUUUAGUUUUACUAUAAAAAACAAAGUUGUCUUUGACAGAAAAGGCAUAAAACCUUUUUGGUUUUACUUUAUAUCAACCUCAAGUUGACAUAGAGAUUUACUGUAAGCAUUAAAUUAAAAGAAAUAAUAAUAAUUUGACUUAUUUUUAACAUUUUAGUGACUGAGACCCUCUAUGCUCCCCAGGAGCCUGAAGCAUUAAAAAUAAAAUCCAUAUAUUUUGUUAUGGUUUGAAAAUCAAACAUAUCAGCAUGCUUAAAUUUUUCUGUGGAAAAAAUUUUGGACACCCCUGAAGUAAACCAUUUAAAAAUGUUCCUUCGAGAUUCUGACAAUAAAAUUACAUUUGUGUCCAAAUCAUUUUUUUUUGUUUUUAAGUUUAAAUUAUGCAAGCGAGUAAUAAUAGCCUGUGAUUGAUCGUGAUUAAUCCAAAAUCAUAAAUAAUAGGUGUGGUGAAUCGUAAUUAAUAAAACAAAAAACGAGUGUGUUUAAUCGUGAUUAAUCUAAAAUCACAAGUGAGUUGAGUUUGAGUUUAUUUGGAACAUCACGAUUUCCAGUUUCUCUUUUCAACAUGUUCGAAAAGGAGGAGGAAGAAGCAGAGCUUAUUUAACCCUACCCCUUUUUUCUUUUACAUAACAGUUAGAGAUGUCCGAUAAUAUUGUAUUCGGCCGAUAAAUGCUUUAAAAUGUAAUUUCGGAAAUUAUGGGUAUCGGUUUCAAAAAGUAAAAUUUAUGACUUUUUAAAACGCUUUACGGAGUGGUACACGGACGUAAGGAGAAAUACAGAGCAGUUGCGUCUCCCAGUCAUACUUGCGAACAGCCAUACAGGUCACACUGAGGGUGGCCGUAUAAACAACUUUAACACUGUUACAAAUAUGCGCCACACUGUGAACCCACACCAAACAAGAAUGACAAACACAUUUCGGGAGAACAUCCGCACCGUAACACAACAUAAACACAACAUAACAAAUACCCAGAACUCCUUGCAGCACUAACUCUUUCGGGACCUACAAUAUAUCUUGAGGCACGUUAAAAAAAUAAAUCACUUUGUGACUUGAAUAAUAAAUAUGGCAGCGCCAUGUUAGCAUUUUUUUCCAAAUGUUGAUUUAUUUUGAAAAACUUGUUACAUUGUUUAAUGCAUCCAGUGGGGCAUCACAACAAAAUUAGGCAUAAUAAUGUGUGAAUUCCACCACUGUAUAUAUCGGUAUCGGUUGAUAUCGGAAUCGGUAAUUAAGAGUUGGAUAAUAUCGGAGUAUCGGAUAUCGUCAAACAUCGGUAUCGGUUGAUAUCAGGACCUGUAAUAGAGAGUUGGACAAUAUCAGAUAUCGGCAAAAAUCGGUAUCGGUUGAUAUCGGAAUUGGUAAUUAGGGUUGGACAAUAUCGGAUAUCUGCAAAACAGCCUUUAUCGAACAUCUCUAAUAACAGUUGCUAAAACUUUUGUUCACUUCCUGUUCUCAAUUUAUUCACAAUACACUCCGUAAAUAAUCACAAUAAAAAUGAAUAAGUAAAUAAAUAAUACCCGGUGAAGUAAGUUACAUUUCAUAGAGUGAGAUGAGUAAGAUUAUUUUGAAAAUGAAUGGAUGGAUGGAAUGAAAUCAGAAUGUUUAUCAUGGUUCUUCUUAUUUGUACUAAGUGUGUUUAAUCGUGAUUAAUCCAAAAUUACGUGUGUUUAAUCGUAAUUAAUGCUAAAUCAUAAAUGUGGAUGAUAAUGAUAAAUCCAAAAUCAUUUGGUUAUUUGGGAAUAAUGCAAAUUCAAAAAUGUGAUGAAUUGAGAUGUAUUCCAAUUUCAAAAUUGUGUUUAACCGUGAUUAAUCCACAUUUAGAAAUGUGGUUGAUUGUGAUUAAUCCAAUAUCCCAAAUAGGAUUAAUCGUGAUUAAACAAAAUUCUAAAGUGCGGUUAAUUGUGAUCAAACAAAAUUCAGAAGUGCGGUUAAUAGUGAUCAAACAGAAUUCAGAAGUGUGAUUAAUAGUGACUAAUCCACAUUCAGGAAUCUGGCUAAUUGUGAUAAAUCCAAAUUCAGAAGUGCAGUUAAUUGUGAUUAAUCCAAAUUCAGAAUUUCGGUUAUUUGUGACUAAUCCAAAUUCAGAAGGGUGGUUGUUUGGGAUUGAUCCAAAUUCAAAAGUGUGUAUGAUCAUGAUUAACCCAAAUUCACAAGUGUGGUUAAUCGUGAUUAAUCCACAAAUCACAAGUGUGGUUAAUCAUGAUUUACGAAUAUCACAAAUGUGAUUAAUCGUGAUUAAACCGAACUCAGAAGUGCAGUUAAUUGUGAUUACGGUAAUCCAAGUUCAGAAUUGCGGUUAUUUGUGACUAAUCCAAAUUCGGAAGGGUGGUUAAUUGAGAUUAAUCUAUAAUCAAGUGUGUAUAAUCGUGAUUAAUCCAAAUUCACAAGUGUGAUUAAUCAUGAAUUACCAAUAUCACACAUUAAUUGUGGUUAAACCUAACUCAGAAGUGCAGUUAAUAGUGACUAAUCCACAUUCAGGAAUCUGGCUAAUUGUGAUAAAUCCAAAUUCAGAAUUUCGGUUAUUUGUGACUAAUCCAAAUUCAGAAGGGUUGUUGUUUGAGAUUGAUCCAAAUUCAAAAGUGUGUAUGAUAAUGAUUACUCCAAAUUCACAACUGUGGUUAAUCGUGAUUAAUUCACAAUUCACAGGUGUGGUCAAUUGUGAUUAAUCCACAAAUCACAAGUGUGGUUAAUCAUGAUCUACCAAUAUCACAGAUGUGAUUUAUCGUGAUUAAACCGAACUCAGAAGUGCAGUUAAUUGUGACUAAUCCAAAUUCAGAAGGGUAGUUAAUUGUGAUUAAUCCAAAUUCAAAAUUGUGGUUAUUUAUGACUAAUCCAAAUUCAGAAGGGUGGUUAAUUGAGAUUGAUCCAAAUUCAAAAGUGUGUAUAGCUGUGAUUAAUCCAAAUUCACAAGUGUGGUUAAUCGUGAUUAAUUUACAAUUCACAGGUGUGGUUUAUCGGGAUUAAUCCACAAAUCACAAAUGUGAUUAAUCGAAAUUAAACCUAACUCAGAAGUGCAGCUAAUUGUUAUUAAUCCAAAUUCAGAAUUGCGGUUAUUUGAGACUAAUCCAAAUUCAGAAGGGUGGUUAAUUGAGAUUGAUCCAAAUUCAAAAGUGUGUAUAAUCGUGAUUAAUCCAAAUUCAAAAGUGUGUAUAAUCGUGAUUAAUCCAAUUUCACAAGUGUGGUUAAUCGUUAUUAAUCCACAAAUCACAAGUGUGAUUAAUCGUGAUUUACCAAUAUCACCAAUGUGAUUAAUCGAGAUUAAAACCUAACUCAGAAGUGCAGUUAAUUGUGACUAAUCCAAUUCAGGAAUCUGGCUAAUUGUGAUUAAUCCAAAUUCAUAAGUGUGGUUAAUUGUGAUUAAUCCAAUAUCCCAAAUAGGAUUGAUCGUGAUUAAACAAAAUUCUAAAGUGCGGUUAAUUGUGAUUAAACAAAAUUCAGAAGUGCGGUUAAUAGUGACUAAUCCACAUUCAGGAAUCUGGCUAAUUGUGAUAAAUCCAAAUUCAGAAGUGCAGUUAAUUGUGAUUAAUCCAAAUUCGGAAUGUCGGUUAUUUGUGACUAAGCCAAAUUCAGAAGGGUAGUUAAUUGUGAUUAAUCCAAAUUCAAAAUUGCGGUUAUUUAUGACUAAUCCAAAUUCAGAAGGGUGGUUGAUUGAGAUUGAUCCAAAUUCAAAAGUCUGUAUAGUUGUGAUUAAUCCAAAUUCACAAGUGUGGUUAAUCGUGAUUAAUUUACAAUUCACAGGUGUGGUUAAUCGGGAUUAAUCCACAAAUCACAAAUGUGAUUAAUCGAAAUUAAACCUAACUCAGAAGUGCAGUUAAUUGUUAUUAAUCCAAAUUCAGAAGGGUAGUUAAUUGUGAUUAAUCCAAAUUCAAAAUUGCGGUUAUUUAUGACUAAUCCAAAUUCAGAAGGGUGGUUAAUUGAGAUUGAUCCAAAUUCAAAAGUGUGUAUAGUUGUGAUUAAUCCAAAUUCACAAGUAUGGUUAAUCGUGAUUAAUUUACAAUUCACAGGUGUGGUUAAUCGGGAUUAAUCCACAAAUCACAAAUGUGAUUAAUCGAAAUUAAACCUAACUCAGAAGUGCAGUUAAUUGUUAUUAAUCCAAAUUCAGAAGGGUAGUUAAUUGUGAUUAAUCCAAAUUCAAAAUUGCGGUUAUUUAUGACUAAUCCAAAUUCAGAAGGGUGGUUAAUUGAGAUUGAUCCAAAUUCAAAAGUGUGUAUAGUUGUGAUUAAUCCAAAUUCACAAGUAUGGUUAAUCUUGAUUAAUUUACAAUUCACAAGUGUGGUUAAUCGGGAUUAAUCCACAAAUCACAAAUGUGAUUAAUCGAAAUUAAACCUAACUCAGAAGUGCAGUUAAUUGUUAUUAAUCCAAAUUCAGAACGGUAGUUAAUUGUGAUUAAUCCAAAUUCAAAAUUGCGGUUAUUUAUGACUAAUCCAAAUUCAGAAGGGUGGUUAAUUGUGAUUAAUCCAAAUUCAAAAUUGCGGUUAUUUAUGACUAAUCCAAAUUCAGAAGGGUGGUUAAUUGAGAUUGAUCCAAAUUCAAAAGUGUGUAUAGUUGUGAUUAAUCCAAAUUCACAAGUGUGGUUAAUCGUGAUUAAUUUACAAUUCACAGGUGUGGUUAAUCGGGAUUAAUCCACAAAUCACAAAUGUGAUUAAUCGAAAUUAAACCUAACUCAGAAGUGCAGUUAAUUGUUAUUAAUCCAAAUUCAGAAGGGUGGUUAAUUGUGAUUAAUCCAAAUUCAAAAUUGCGGUUAUUUAUGACUAAUCCAAAUUCAGAAGGGUGGUUAAUUGAGAUUGAUCCAAAUUCAAAAGUGUGUAUAGUUGUGAUUAAUCCAAAUUCACAAGUGUGGUUAAUCGUGAUUAAUUUACAAUUCACAGGUGUGGUUAAUCGGGAUUAAUCCACAAAUCACAAAUGUGAUUAAUCGAAAUUAAACCUAACUCAGAAGUGCAGUUCAUUGUUAUUAAUCCAAAUUCAGAAUUGCGGUUAUUUGAGACUAAUCCAAAUUCAGAAGGGUGGUUAAUUGAGAUUGAUCCAAAUUCAAAAGUGUGUAUAGUUGUGAUUUAUCCAAAUUCACAAGUAUGGUUAAUCGUGAUUAAUUUACAAUUCACAGGUGUGGUUAAUCGGGAUUAAUCCACAAAUCACAAAUGUGAUUAAUCGAAAUUAAACCUAACUCAGAAGUGCAGUUAAUUGUUAUUAAUCCAAAUUCAGAAGGGUAGUUAAUUGUGAUUAAUCCAAAUUCAAAAUUGCGGUUAUUUAUGACUAAUCCUAAUUCAGAAGGGUGGUUAAUUGAGAUUGAUCCAAAUUCAAAAGUCUGUAUAGUUGGGAUUAAUCCAAAUUCACAAGUAUGGUUAAUCUUGAUUAAUUUACAAUUCACAAGUGUGGUUAAUCGGGAUUAAUCCACAAAUCACAAAUGUGAUUAAUCGAAAUUAAACCUAACUCAGAAGUGCAGUUAAUUGUUAUUAAUCCAAAUUCAGAACGGUAGUUAAUUGUGAUUAAUCCAAAUUCAAAAUUGCGGUUAUUUAUGACUAAUCCAAAUUCAGAAGGGUGGUUAAUUGUGAUUAAUCCAAAUUCAAAAUUGCGGUUAUUUAUGACUAAUCCAAAUUCAGAAGGGUGGUUAAUUGAGAUUGAUCCAAAUUCAAAAGUGUGUAUAGUUGUGAUUAAUCCAAAUUCACAAGUGUGGUUAAUCGUGAUUAAUUUACAAUUCACAGGUGUGGUUAAUCGGGAUUAAUCCACAAAUCACAAAUGUGAUUAAUCGAAAUUAAACCUAACUCAGAAGUGCAGUUCAUUGUUAUUAAUCCAAAUUCAGAAGGGUAGUUAAUUGUGAUUAAUCCAAAUUCAAAAUUGCGGUUAUUUAUGACUAAUCCAAAUUCAGAAGGGUGGUUAAUUGUGAUUAAUCCAAAUUCAAAAUUGCGGUUAUUUAUGACUAAUCCAAAUUCAGAAGGGUGGUUAAUUGAGAUUGAUCCAAAUUCAAAAGUGUGUAUAGUUGUGAUUAAUCCAAAUUCACAAGUGUGGUUAAUCGUGAUUAAUUUACAAUUCACAGGUGUGGUUAAUCGGGAUUAAUCCACAAAUCACAAAUGUGAUUAAUCGAAAUUAAACCUAACUCAGAAGUGCAGUUCAUUGUUAUUAAUCCAAAUUCAGAAUUGCGGUUAUUUGAGACUAAUCCAAAUUCAGAAGGGUGGUUAAUUGAGAUUGAUCCAAAUUCAAAAGUGUGUAUAAUCGUGAUUGAUCCAAAUUCAAAAGUGUGUAUAAUCGUGAUUAAUCCAAUUUCACAAGUGUGGUUAAUCGUUAUUAAUCCACAAAUCACGAGUGUGAUUAAUCGUGAUUUACCAAUAUCACCAAUGUGAUUAAUCGAGAUUAAAACCUAACUCAGAAGUGCAGUUAAUUGUGACUAAUCCAAAUUCAGGAAUCUGGCUAAUUGUGAUUAAUCCAAAUUCAUAAGUGUGGUUAACCGGAUUAAAAAAAUGAAUCGUUUGUGGGAUGAAAACAUUUUACCGAUACUAACUAAUUCGAAAUGGAAAUAAUCAAUCCCAGGGUCAAACUGUGACGAUUAUACAACAUUUAACUGAAAAGGAAAUUAUUUGAAUCACCUCAUGACAAUCGUUUCUCUCACAAAAGUGUAAAAAGAAAUUGAAUAAAUGAGUUUUGACUUUCGCGGUUCCAAUUUACAUGUCAGAAGGAUUCGUGGUGCCUGAUGUCACAGUUUAGACAACGCGAAAACUCACAAUAAUGUGAAGCACACCAGCCAAUGUGACGGUUCCAUUUUCUUUUUACAAAGACUAAUGUUUGUGCUGUGUACAAUGUUUUUCUUUGUCAUGAAACACAUCCUCUUGUCGCACAGAUAAUAGCACCGAGCGCUGUCAAAGUAUUUGACAAGACGUGAGAAGCACAUGAAAAGACGCAGCCAGCGCACAAACCCAACAAAGAAAAUCAACAUCAUUGUGGACGUGCCUUACAUGUCUUUUUUGUCCUAUGUGCAAAUGGAAUGAGGAAAAAAAAAAUCAAAGUGUUCAUGCCUUGUGUCUUUUGAUUGUGCAGCAGUGAAAAUAAAUUGUCUUGGAGGAGAAAGUUGGAGGAAGGUGACUGAAAAAGAAUCCAAAUAAAAGAAAAUGACCUACUCUA